AUGGCUGAUCGAUACAUCCCCGAACAUCGCCGUACCAACUUCAAGGCGAAGAGCACCUUCAAGCCUGAGGAGCUUCGUCGUCGCAGAGAGGAGCAGCAGGUCGAGAUUCGCAAGGCGAAGAGAGAGGAGAACUUGGCCAAGCGUCGUGGCAUUGGCUCUGGCGAAAACAGACCCGGCGCUUCCCUCGGAGCCGCUCCUGACAGCGAUGACGAUACCGCUCCUACUGAAUCCCAGCUUAAUGAGGAUCUCCCCCAGAUGGUUCAGGGCGUCUUCUCAGAGCAGAUUGACCUCCAGAUCCAAGCGACCACCAAGUUCCGAAAGCUGCUGUCCAAGGAGCGCAACCCUCCUAUCGAAGAGGUCAUCAAGACCGGCGUUGUCAGCCGCUUCGUAGAGUUCCUCCGAUCGCCUCAUACACUCGUCCAAUUCGAGGCCGCCUGGGCGUUGACCAACAUCGCUUCCGGUUCCGCCACGCAGACUCAGGUUGUCAUCGAGGCUGGUGCAGUCCCCAUCUUCGUCGAGCUCUUGGCAAGCCCUGAGCCCGAUGUGCGUGAACAGGCUGUUUGGGCCCUGGGCAACAUCGCCGGUGACAGCCCUCACUGCCGCGACUACGUCCUCAGCUGCGGUGCCCUGAAGCCUCUCUUGGCCCUUCUCGGAGACAGCCGUAAGCUUAGUAUGCUCCGCAACGCCACCUGGACCCUCAGCAACUUCUGCAGAGGCAAGACCCCUCAGCCCGACUGGAACACUAUUGCCCCCGCUCUUCCUGUGCUUUCUAAGCUUGUCUACUCCCUUGACGACGAGGUUCUGAUCGACGCCUGCUGGGCCAUUUCAUACUUGUCUGACGGAUCCAACGACAAGAUUCAGGCCGUCAUCGAGGCUGGUAUCCCCCGCCGCCUGGUCGAGCUCCUCAUGCAUGCCUCCACCUCCGUCCAGACGCCCGCUCUCCGCUCCGUUGGUAACAUUGUCACUGGCGACGAUGUUCAGACGCAGGUGAUCAUCAACUGUGGUUCUCUGCCUUGCCUCCUCUCGCUUCUCAGCUCCAACAAGGAUGGCAUCCGCAAGGAGGCUUGCUGGACCAUUAGCAACAUCACCGCUGGAAACUCCGCCCAGAUCCAGUCGGUCAUUGAUGCCAACAUCAUCCCCCCUCUCAUUCAUCUCCUGUCAAAUGGCGACCUGAAGACCCGCAAGGAGGCCUGCUGGGCCAUUAGCAACGCGACAUCAGGAGGCCUGCAAAAGCCGGAACAGAUCCGCUACCUGGUCGCUCAGGGCUGCAUCAAGCCUUUGUGCGAUCUGUUGGCCUGCCCCGACAACAAGAUCAUCCAGGUUGCUCUGGAUGGUUUGGAAAAUAUUCUCAAGGUUGGCGACCUGGACAAGCAGGCCGCAGGUGAGGGGCCCGACUCUGUCAACCGUUACGCUUUGUUUAUCGAGGAGUGCGGUGGCAUGGAGAAGAUUCACGAUUGCCAGACCAACGCCAACGAGGAGAUCUACAUGAAGGCGUACAACAUUAUCGAGAAGUACUUCUCUGAUGAGGAGGAGAACGCGGAUGAGGGCAUGGCCCAGGGCACCGGUCCCAACGGUACCUUUGGAUUCGGCACCAACGCCGCUCCCCAGCAGGGUGGCUUCAGCUUCGCCAAUGGCGGCGAUUCGAUGGACAUGUAA